CGGCUUAGUGAGCACUGGCCUUUCCUUAUACGGUCAAAAUUAACAAACACGUGUAUGCAAUUAUAUGUUUGUAAUUAGUGUUGAUUGAGAUAAUAUGUAAUUGAGGGAUUAAAAGAAAUGAUAGAGCGUAUUGUUUAACUUUGCAAUAAGUUCUUAUUUUAUCUACGUUUAGGUAUUAAGUUAGUGAAAAUAUGUGAUAUGAAGUGGAUAUCACUGUUUGUUUAUAGUGUAUUAUUGAGAAGAACGUAAAAAUAUUAUCACUGAAAGUAAAAAUAUAACAUAAAUAACAUGUUUAAUUUGACGAAAUAUUGUGCCUCGAUAAUUGGAAGAAACAAUACAGCAAGAUUUUUACCAAUUCGGCAAAGUUUACAUACAUGUAUUCUCAAACCUGGAAUUACAAAUAAAGCAUUUCUGUUAAUGAAAAGAGGUUCCAUUUAUUUACACAAGGAUUUGUUUAAACAAGGAAAUAUAGCUUUAAGUUUCGCAACAAAGUCAAGUAAAAAAUCAGAUAAAAUUGUAGGAAAAUGGAUGUUAACUUGCGGCGGCAUGGUAUUUGUAGCUGUAGUUUUAGGAGGUGUGACAAGGCUUACAGAAUCUGGCUUAUCCAUGGUUACUUGGAAACUACUUGGUGAAAAACUACCUACCUCUGAUAGACAAUGGCAUGCAGAAUUUGAACGAUACAAACAGUUUCCUGAAUACAAAAUAACCAAUCGAAACAUGACACUGGAAGAAUUUAAACGCAUCUGGUGGAUGGAAUAUUUACACAGAAUGUGGGGACGUUUGAUAGGUGCUGUAUUCAUAGUUCCAGCAGCCUACUUUUGGGCAAAAGGUAUGCUGAAGCCAGGAAUGAAAACUAGAGUAUCCAUUCUGGGAUUGUUAAUUGGUUUACAAGGACUUAUGGGUUGGUACAUGGUUAAAUCUGGUUUGGAAAAUCGUUUCACGGAGCCAUCAGACGUUCCUCGUGUCUCGCAAUAUCGCUUAGCGGCGCAUUUGGGAAUGGCAUUCAUUAUAUAUACAGGAUUUCUGUAUAAUGCUUUGGAUCAUUUAAUUCCCGCUCAAUCAUUAAGCCUGAAUACUUCAAGUAUUGAAAUUAAUGUUGUAAAACAGAAGUUAAAAAGAUUUAGAAUGUUAGUUCAUUCAACAAAAGGAAUAGUCUUUCUUACUGCUAUGUCUGGAGCUUUCGUAGCAGGAAUGGAUGCGGGUCUUAUUUAUAAUACAUUUCCAAAAAUGGCAGAUAAAUGGUUACCGGAUGACCUACUUGCGAUAUCACCAACGUGGAAAAAUUUUACUGAAAAUCCAACUGCUGUACAAUUUGAUCAUAGACUUUUGGGCAUUGUCACUUUAUCGUUGAUAACUUUUAUUGGGAUAGCAUCUCGUAAUCAUAGACUUCCUGGCAAUGCAAAAAAAGCAAUAGCAGCCGUCCUUUGUGCCGGCUAUUUACAAGUAUUAUUAGGAAUUUCAACAUUAUUGCACCAUGUACCUCUGGCAUUAGCUGCAACUCAUCAGUCUGGUAGUCUUCUUGUUUUAAGUACAAUGAUUUGGCUGUGUCAUGAACUAAAGUAUUUAAAAUACAUUGUUAAAUGAAGUUACAAAUAAAUGUAGUAAACAUGUUUCAUUCAUUACAAAAAUAUAUAAUGUGUUGUAUAAAACUUUGUUAUUUGGUACAAAUUAGGAACUGAUAGGUGAAUAUUAUAACACUUCCACAACAUUAUGCUUUAUUUGACAAUGCAUUAAGUUAUAAUAAUCAAUAUUCAUAGAAAUUAAUUUACACGUGUGUACUUUAAAGUAAUAUAGCUACAACCAGAAUAUCAAAGUUUAAGUAAUUUCACAUUGUUUUGUAAGUAUAUUUAAUUUCAUAUUUAUAAAGAACAAAUAAAUACCUAUCCUAAAAUAAUAGUAAACAAAUCAUGUAAUGUGUGUAGCAUUUUCACUCUUUUUAUAAUUCAUUAGGAUUACAUUUUAUGAACUUGACUGGAUUAUAUAUCCAAUCUGAGAAUUGAAAUAAACUGACUGCUAACAUCAUUUGGUUUUUUUGUGCUUAGGCAUAUAUCAAAUAUUAAAUGAUGUUAGUAUCGGCAUCUAAUUUCAAAAAUCAGCUUUGGUAAGUAAUAUUAAACAGUUCAAUAGUAAUAUUCAAUUAGUUUAAAAAAUGUGUAAACCCUGCUUAAUUGAUAAUUGCUACCUAAUUACAAUAAUAUUUUUGUUAACAUUCUAAAAGGUUUUUUUUUAUAAUAUCAUAUCUCCUAAUAACCUCUGAUUAGCAACACAGUGAAUUCCGCUUUAUUUUAUUGGCAGUUGUUCUACCUAAUCUCCAAUCAGUCAUUCUUUGAUUUCUUUUUUUCUAAAACGCCUUGUAUGCAUUGGUCCAACAUAGCAACAUUAAUAUUAAGCAGCAGCAAUAUUUAUUAGGCGUUUUGAAUUGCACUUCCGUUAUUGUAAUGCUCUUUAUUUACACUUAUUUUCAUUUUCUUGUAUGGCAAUUGUGCCUAAUCACAUUUUUAUUCAACAUUACAUGGAUAUGAGUAUUAAAGGAAAAUAUUUUUUAUCAUUCAUACAAAUAGAAAUUACACCACUUAAAAAAAGAAACACAACAUUUAUAUAGAAAGGUUCGUAUAGAUUCGUAUGAGGGAUUUAUAAUUUACUUGGUACUAUGCACAAAAUAUGUAAUGUUUCUGUACUGUCUGAAUAUCAAUCAAAAAGAACUUAAUGCAGUCUCUUUUCUAUAUUGCAAAUAACCCAAAUCCUAUAUCGCAAAACUAAUAUCAGUCUGAUAGAAUUUGUUAUUCCAUUGAGAAUCUUAUGUCUUACAAGGGAAAGGUUAGUAAUAACUGUCGUCGACUUCAAUAAAAUCAGUAUUGGCUGAUAAGUCUGUUCCUACGAAAAUCGAAUGUAUUAAAGUAUCACAAGGUCUAGACCUAUCGUUCUAUAUCAAUUUUAUGAAAAUCGAUGACUGACAUUACUGAACCAUUCGGUAACGAAUGUCUUUUCCAUAAAUGCGAAAUUACUAUUUCGAUAUUUAUGAACUUAAAGAACACGUAAAAUAAUACUUUAAACAGCUUUACUGUUUUACUAAAGAAAUCACAUGCUUGAUCAAACCAAAAGUAUCUUUUAAUUGCAUACCACUGAUGCAUCAUUACAGAUUAUUGUACAAAAAAGUUUGUUCCUUUGUAUAAAGUUACAGCUCUUGAACACAACGAUCUAGCAGAGAGAUAGAAGAAUGGUAUAUGUAUGUGGAACUCUUAAAUUUUUAGACUGACAAGUGCUAUUUUAUUUGCACCAUUAUUUAUAAUAUAUACAUAUAUAUGUAUAUAUAUAAAGAAAU